GCUUUACUUUCACUUUCAUUUCUUUCGAAGCGAACAUUGAGCUUUAGCAUUAGUUUAAUCUCUGUCGGACCGAUCAGUGAAACGGUUCCCAGCUAGGUCAUACAUUUGAUUUCAGAUAAUUCAGUUUCUGAAGAGGAGUGAAGGGUCUGUCCUGGAGACUGAACUCAUCAUCAUCAUCAUGAGUGACAGCAGCAGCAGUGUCCUGUUCUCCAGGCUCCAGCAACUGCAGAGUCAUUUUACCUGGGAUCUGAAGAAGGAAGACAUGGAACUUGAAAACCUGAGCACUCGACUGGAAGAGCACAUAACUCUUGAACUGGGUCGUCCCGGUGCUGUGGCUCUCUCAUACAGCCUUCUGGCUUACGUCAGAUACCUUCAGAACCGGCCAGAUGAGGCCUUGAAACAACUCCUCAAAUCACAGCAGACGACCGAAGAGGUCUAUGGAGAAGACAGUGAAAGGCGGCUUAUCGUGACCUAUGGAGAUCUGGCCUGGCUGAAUUACCACACGGGGAACUUCACAAAGUCCCAGACCUACUACCAAAGAGCCCAGGACAUCUUGAAAAAAUAUCCCAACAGCUCCUCCGAUGUUCUCCAUCCAGAGGUGUAUGGGGAGAAAGCCUGGACCUACCUCAAGUUAUCUAAGUCUCACUACCCCAAAGCUAUUAAGUGUUUCGAACGGGCCCUGGAGGUCCAGAAAGAUGACAGUGAGUGGAACGCCGGUUAUGCCAUUGCCCUCUUCCGAACAGAAAGGAAUACUCCAGAAGCAUCUGAGAAAGCCACGGACUCUGCUGCCAUCACACAGCUUCGGCGAGCCCUGGAGCUCAGCCCUGAUGACGGGGUUCUGCUGUCCAUGCUGGCUGUGAAGUUGGGUGUCGAGAAAAAAUAUGAAGAGGCUAAAAGUCUUGUGGAGAAGACACUGAAAGUUGCCCCAGAUAACCCUCAUGCAAUGCGCUACAUCAGCAAAUACCUCCGUUACCAGGGAAAUAUUGAACAGUCAAUUGUGCUGCUGGAGCGAGCGCUGGAGAGGAGCAACACAUCAGCAUUCAUCUACCAUCAGCUGGGCCUGUGCUACAAAAGGAAGAAGCUUAAUGAGCAGAAAUCACAGCAUUUCGAUAAGCAAAAGGUGCAACAGUUACGACGUCAGUGCAUUCUUUACCUGGAAAAGGCAGUGAAGAUUAGACCUUCCUUUUGGUUUGCACGGCUAGACCUGGCUCUAAUGUAUGGAGAAGAGAAAGACCUCAGCAGGGCUGAGGAAAUGUUCCAGCAUUGCUUCAAGAAGUCAUCAGACAAACUCGAUAGUCUGCCUGUUCACGAUCGUCAGCUUAUUCACCAGCGAUACGCUGAAUUUCAUCUCUAUCACACCAAGAAGCAGGAUGAAGCAAUUACUCACUACACAGAGGGUCUACAACUGGUACAAAACACAUGGGAAUGGAAGCAGUGUAUUCAGAAGCUGAAGCAGAUUGCAGAUAGUCGCCUUUCUGAAGACAAGGAUGACAGCUUGGCUUAUUCUGUUUUGGCCCAAGUGGCCAAAGCUGAAGGAGACAAAGAAAAAGCUGCAGAGCUUUAUGAGAAAGCUCUGGACUGUGAUGAAAACAACAACAAGUACCUGUAUGCUCUGUGGGAAUUGCGAAUGGAGCUGCACUGAUUUAUCACCACUUAUUUAAAAUAAUCAUUUAUUUAAAUGUGAAAUUCACAUGUUGAAUUGAGACAUGUCAUAUGGCUCUAAAGAAAUUGUUUUUUAAAUUAAAUCAUCGUAGUUGUGUCUUUUCUGAACUGUUACUUGAAUAAACCAGUUACAUUUACUCAAGUAACUAAAUGAGUAAAUGUAACCCAUUUAGUUACAUUUACUAGUUAGUUUAGUUACAUUAACUAGCCCACUAGUUAGUUUUGGAUACUGUGACGUUUGGCAACAUUUUUCAGGGAGCAGCUGAUUAAGACCUUACCACCCAGUUCUGUUUCGGGACCUGACCAAAACUCCAGUGUCCUUAAAAAUUUGAUUUAAUUAAGUAAACAACAGGCUUUCAUGUCAAAAAUUAUCAAAUGUUGCAAGUCAUACACUCUUACAUUUGACAAGUUGACUUUACUUAAAAAACCAGCGCUGGACGGUGAAUGUCACUCUGUAUCUGCUCCAUUUGUGUGACUUGCAUGGCUUGUAACAUUUGAUCAUUGUUCGGCAUUAACAGCCUGUUUUAUACCUAACCAAAUCUUAUUGUUUCUCAAGGUAAUGACACUGAGGGAUUCUGGUCGGGUUCUGAAACUGGUAAACGGGCCAGGGUGGUCCACAAAGGGGAAAAUGAACAAACUACAACAACUGGGGGCUCAUCCAGUUACUCAGGUAAAAGUAAAAAGUAGUCGGUCAAGAAAUUACUUGAGUAAAAAGUCUACUCAAGUACUGAGUAACUGAUCAAAUUAUCAAUCAUUUAAUAUUUAAAAAAUACAUAAUUAGACAGAGCAAGUGGAAUUUUGUUUGUAACAAAAAUAACAAAAUCAGGAAAAGCAA